AUGGAUAUUUCAGACCUGACCACCUCUCUGACUUGCUCACGACAAACGAUGGUUGUUGAAGGGAACACUGAAGUCAAGCUCAGCUGGCGCCAUGGAGAGACGAUGUCUGGCUUGGUCCCUCGGAUCUUGGAUCACCGUGCUCUCGCCGCUUGGAUUGGGGCUAGAAAGGACCACAUAUCGCCACCCGGCCUAUACUCGAAUGCGUUACAAUAA